UAUUUAGUGAUAUUUUGUUUAUUUAUGAAAAUAUUAUUAAAUACGCUAAAAGAAGAGGUUAUGUUUUACUAUAUUUUAUAAAGCUAUUUAUGUGAUAAAUUAUUCAAGUGAAAAAUGACAGAACUACAAGAAGAUUUUACAAAGACAUUUAUUAAAAAAUUAACAAAUGAUUUAAAAAAAAAUAAAUUCAAAGAAGUUUUGAAUCUCUUUGAGGAUAGUAAAUAUGAUGAUAUUAUUAAAGACUCUUCAUGGGAUAUUGUUCCAAUUGUAGCAUCGCAUCUUACUGCAGAAAACAUAAAAUGCAACGAAGAUUUAAUUGAAUGUUGUAAAACAAUUUUAAAUACUAUAGUAGAAAAAUGUAAUCCUUCUGAGACAGUAUUAGAACUAUUAGAACAAAUAGAAGGUCCAGAGGAUGUCAUAAAAUUUUCUAUAAUUCUAAGUAUACUUACUAAAUGUCUUUCUAAGAUGAAGGAUAAAACGAAGGCAAUAGAAUGGUGUAUUAGUACAAUAAGAUCUUAUAUUGAAAGUCUACCUAUACCAGAAAAAGGAUCACAAAACUAUAUUGCUAUUAUAAAUAAAAUAAAAAAUGCUUAUGAUGCAGUUAUAUUAUUUUUAGAACCAUUAAUAAAUGAAUCAAAGUUACAGAAUUCAGAAAAAUAUAUCAUAUUAAGAGAUUAUUUAGCUAGCAUUUUAAUUUUUUUAAUGGGAAAGCCAUUAUAUUAUUUAGAAGAGAAAGAAGUAGAAUCUUGUUUAAAUCAAUCUUUACCUGAGAGAAUUGUAACACUUACAAGUCAUAUAACUGGAGAUUUGCUAUGGCUUUUAAAUAUUGUAAGUGUACGAAAUAGAAAGAUCAAUUCUAGGAAAAAAAAUAUAGAAGUAAACAAUUUUAAUCUUAAAAUAACACUUUUUGAAUUAAGUGAGAAUAUAUCAGAUUUGGCAUAUGCUAACUUUUAUUUUUAUGUUAUAACAAAAAUUCAUUUGUGGGAAAGGGUGCCACAGGUAUAUGAUAUGCAAUAUAUUUUUCAAGCAUGUAUAUAUUUUAUUAUUAAAUUAUUACAAGAACAAGAAAGUGUUACAAAAGGUUUAAAUUUUAUGGAUCAUCUUUUAAUGAGAAUAACAAAAUAUUCUUUAACAUUACCAUUAUUAGAAUUGAAUAUAUAUUUUGAGUUGUUUAAUGUACUUACAAAAGUAAUGAUUUAUUGCAAUAGUGAUAAAGAAAGGAAAAAAGCUUUAAAUAUAUUUCAAAACUAUAUUGAUAUGUUUGAUAUGCAAGCUAGGUAUUUUGUUGUUUUGCAUUUAUAUCAAACUAGUGAGCAUUCAGGUUUACUUAGUUUAACUACUGGAAUAGUUAAAACUUCUAUUAUUGAAUGUCUUCAAGAAACACCUCAUCUACCAUAUUUUCUUGGUAAUAAUCUGGAAACUUUAAUCAAAUUAGCUUGUAAAUUACAUCAUGGUAGUGCAUCUGAUUUGGUGGAAUUAUCUGAUGAAAUAAUUACGAGUUUAAAUUUGUUGAGAUUUCUAUUUAUAAAAGAUAAGCAAAAUCAAACUGGUAUUUGGAACUUAGUAAAUAAACUACAAAAUGAUUAUUUAAAACCAUUAAGAGAAGGAUUAGAUCUAUGUAGAGCACAUUGGAAAGUAAAAAUAAAAGAUUUAGAAGAACAAAAGAAAAUUCACAAAAUAAUUGAAAAUGUAGAAUUAGAAAAAAGUGGUACAGAAAUAAUAUUAAAUGUUGGUGGUGAAAAAUUACCUCCAAUGCCUAUUUCAGAAAAAAUUUCAUUUUGUAAUCAAGCAAUAAAUGGUCUUGAUGUGAUGGAAAGCAUUUUAAUUAGAGUCAAUGAAUGUAUUGAUAAUAAUUCUUUUAAAUGACAUAAUAAUUAUAUGUGUGAUUAUAAUAAUCACAUAAUAUCUUUAUAGUAUCAAAAUAAAAAUUGUACAUUUAUAAAAUGUAUAUCAUUCACUGUUUAA